GUGUGUGUGUGUGUGUCUGUUGGAACAGCUGAAGCCCCGGAUCGUCAGGAAUGCGGUAGAUGGUGUGAGAUUCAGGACUUUUAUGGAAAGCAGAGACUGCCUGAGACGUAACUUCACCCGAACGACAUUGAGUUGGACUCACAGGCAGCGCGCUUGUCUCCGCAUCGGCCACACUGGAUUGGAGUUUAUUCGCUUUAUUUAUUUACCGAAGCCCAGUCUUCUGUGCCGCAAGGAUAUCAAUUUGGGGGGAUAAAAUAACAAAACCUGACGGACGUACCUGUUUAAGAAAGGUGUUCAAAAGCAAGUCCAGUGCCCAGUCAAAGUGUCUAUAAGGCGUAGCCAUGACUGAUGUGGCACAAAAAACCGAGAUCCUUCUCACUUCUUCCAAACCUAUUGCAAAAUCCUAUGUGCCCAAACUGGGCAAAGGGGAUGUAAAGAACAAGUUUGAGACAAUGCAAAAGGCAAGGGAGGAAAGAAGCAGAAGAAGAAAUCAGGAAGAGCACCAGAGAAGGAGGGAACAGUACAUUAGAGAAAAAGAGUGGAACCGAAGGAAACAGGAGCUUAAAGAAUUACUCGCUUCAGACGAGGAGGAAGACACUAAGCCAUCAAAACAAGAUAAAUCUUACGUGCCGAAGAUAACAGGGAGUGUGAAAGGCAAAUUUGCAGAGAUGGAGAAGCAAAGAAAAGAAGAAGAAAGAAAAAGAACAGAAGAGGAAAGAAAGCGCCGGCUCACGCAGGACUUGGUGGAAAAGAAGAAGAUUCAGCGGGAGCUGGCAAAGAAGGCAGAGGAGGAAGUUGAAGAUACAAGUGUUGUUGAAGAAACCCCAUCAAAAGCGGCCAAAAAUCCAGGCAAAAUUAAACUCAACUUUGAGGAACUAGAAAAAGUCAGGGAGGAGGAUGAGAAGAAGAAAACUGAAGAAGAGAAAAAAAAGAGAUACGAAAACCACCGGCGAUCCUUCCGUGAGGCAAAGCGCCAAUCAUCAACUAUGUUGCAAGAGGAUGCACCUAUUAAAGAAUGCAAAGAGCCGAUCACUCCUGGAAAACUGAAGAUGACUUUCGAGGAAGCAGAAAAGGAAAGACAGGAACUUCAAAAAAGGCAAACUGAAGAGGAAGCCAAGAAAAGACUUGAUGAGGAAAAGCGAGCUUUUGAAGAGGCCAGACUCCAAAUGGACAAUUUAGAUGAGGAUGAUUUGGAAUCCAGUCCUUCAAAAGAAGAGUUCCGUCCAGGAAAACUAAAGCUAAGCUUUGAAGAGCUUGAAAGGCAAAGAAUUGAGGAAGAGAAAAAGAAAGCUGAAGAAGAAGCUAAAAGGCGCAUUGAAGAAGAAAGGAAAGCCUUUGCUGAAGCCAGAAAAAGCAUGCAGGUAUUAGAUGAAGAUGAUGAAGUUCUUGCAGCAAUUCUCUCAAAAGAAUACCUCAAGCCAGGUAAACUUGCAAUUAGCUUUGAGGAGUUAGAAAGACAGAGACAGCAAGAAGAGCAAAAGAAAGCAGAGGAAGAAGCGAGGAAAAGGCUGGAAGAGGAGAAAAAGUUCUUUGCAGAAGCGCGGAAAAGUAUGAGUCCAGUCCAGGAUCAGGAAAGUUCUCUGCUGAAGAAUUAUGGAGAGGAUGAUGUUCUAGAUGAAGAGGACACCAUUUCCAAAUGUGAUUCUGAAGAGGGUCUAUCACCUGGCAAACUGGAAAUAAACUUUGAAGAACUGCAAAGGCAAAAAGAGGAAGAAGAACGAAGACGUACUGAAGAAAAACGCAGGCAAAAACUGGAAAUGGAAAAACAAGAAUUUGAGAUACUCAGACAAGAGAUGGGAGAGGAAGAAGUGAACGAAUCAAAUGAAGUUGUGAGUAGUGAAUAUGAGGAACUAAUAAAACUAAAAAGAACUGGCACAAUACAAGCAAAACAUUUGAAGUCUAAGUUUGAGAAGAUUAAGCAACUUACGGAAGAGGAAAUACAAAAGAAGAUUGAGGAGGAAAGAGCCAGAAGAAAAGCAAUUGAUCUUGAAAUAAAGGAGAGAGAGGCAGAAAAGUUCCAAGAGGAUGAGGAGGAAGAACAAACAAAAAUACACAGAGCUGAGGAUGCACCAUUCAAACACAAAGUGGAUAUGAAAGCUCGCUUUGAGCAGAUGUCCAGAGCAAGAGAGGAAGAAGAAAGGAGGAGAAUUGAAGAACAGAAAAUUUUAAGAAUGCAGUUUGAACAACAAGAAAUUGACACAGCCUUACAAAAAAAGAGAGAAGAGGAAGAGGAGGAAGAAGGAAGCACCAUUAAUGGCUCAGUGUAUGAAGAGGAUGAAGAUCAUGCCAGAUCAGGGGCCCCAUGGUUUAAGAAACCUCUUAAAAAUCUCUCUGUGGUUGAUGCUGAACCUGUUCGAUUCACUGUAAAAAUCACUGGAGAACCAAAACCAGAGGUUACUUGGUGGUUUGAGGGGGAAAUGCUCCAGGACUGUGAGGACUAUCAGUAUAUUGAAAGAGGAGAAACAUAUUGCCUUUACCUUCCGGAGACUUUUCCUGAAGACGAAGGAGAAUAUAUGUGUAAAGCAGUCAACAGCCGUGGGACAGCUGCUAGUACAUGUAUUUUAACUAUUGAAAGUAAGGACUAAAUUAUUAUAAUGUUGUAUUCACUGUGUAAAAUAAGCAAGUCUUGCUAAAAGCUUCUUUCUUUUCUCUCUCUCCCCUUUUCCCCUAGCUGAGGACUACUGAAAUCCUGCUUUACUGGAUCUUUUUUCUUUACUUCCCUUUCACUCCAUCUUUUCUAUGGUGGGGCCAAAGCCAAAUGUGUAUUAAAAAACAAAAACCAUUCCUGUAAGGAUUAAAAACAAAAAAAUGCAUCAAAUACUGCUUACCAUUUUGGUAUCCAUUCUAUAAACUUCAAAUGUCUUUUUCCUUGAUACCAUUGCACUUACUGAUAGAUACCUUUACGCUGAGUGACUGUAUACCAUAAUACAAUGAGUGCAACCGGACCUUUGAUACACACAAUGCAUAAUGUAAGGAAGUGGUACAUUACUCAAAUAGUAAAUGUUGGCAAGUAAAACUUUCCUUGUGGCUAACUUGAAGCCCACCUUAAUUUUUGAAAAAAAUCUACAAGCAGCAUAGUUUAUGCUUCAAUUAAUAAUUCAGUUGAAGUUGAACCAUCAUUAGAAAAUGACUGUCUACUAGGUUACAAUGUUUAUAUUUUAGAAAUACAAUGCUGUACUACUAUCUGCAUCACUGGUAAGCUAUCAUUGCCCACUAUUCACUGCAGACACAGAAAAUAGUUCCAACAGACAAGUCAGGGUGCUUCAGUGUACACUUCAGAUUAUCUUUUUAUGAUAUCUAAAAGGUAUGGCCCCCCCGAGUGUGGUAAAGCAAACUUCACAAUGCAUGCAUGGAUGAGUAUGGUACAGCUGUAUAUGUGAAAAAAUGUACAUUCUACAAGAGUAUAGUAAUGAAAUGGUACUGAUGGCCAGUGUAAAAAAAAUUACCAAAGUAAAACAAAUAGGCUAAUAAGUUUGCACAAUAUCUAAAUUUCACUUUUAAAUUUGAUAUGGUCCUACUAUUUCUAGAUCACUAACACAAUCUGAAGCAGUUAAUACCUACUUAACAUUUUAAAAUGCUUUAUAUACAAGCCCAAUAUGUACAUACAGUGUACUUGAAUCCUAUUGUGUGUGAAAAUUGUAACAAAGAAAGUUCUUAAUGUAAUUUUUAUUUCUCCUUUUAACUGCGUUAAUGCUGAAGGCAGAAACUUCAUUUAAUAGUUUGUUCUGAAUAGAGUAAAAAGCAAUUUGUUAUUUUGUGCUUUAUUCAGUUAUUUUUUAAGUGAAAUCUUUCAGAAACUGUCAAAUAUUUUUAUCAUGAAAUUGAAUAUUCUUUUGACUGUAACAUUGUCCAAAUCACUUGAAACAUUUGAAUAUUUAAUAAAUGUAUUGUGUUACUUUUUGACUUACUGAACAAAAAUAUAAAUAGCACAUAAGCCAUUUAAGUGCAAAACAAAGUAAAGGCAUGAUAAGAGAUAUAUUGGUUGGGAGUAUAUUGGGUAUGGGGGCAUUCAUAUUUAUGAUAGUUACAUCUAUUAAGCCUAUUUCUCUACCACAGAUUCAGGACUACAACCUACAUACCAAUAGCUGGUCACACUGUCCCUCAGGAGUGAAAGGGCAUAGCACUUUGGCAUCAUAACCAAUUUCUCAAAAUCACAAUAUGCUAAGACAAUAAGCACUUCAACCAACUAUGAAAUCUGCUUAUGAUUCAAUCAAAGCAGUCUACUUGCAUAAAAUGCUAUGUAACACAUGACAGUAAAAAUUUAAUUCACAUAAAUUUAAAUGGCCAUUAAUAAUUAAGCUUCAUCUGGCCACCACUGUUUUUCCAACAUAGCUUCCUAAAGAUUUACGAGGCUUAUUGUCCAAGAUUUCAAACCCUUCUGUUUUCUGAAUAUAUAGUUUUUCAUUGACUAAAAGUGUUUCUUCUAAAAUGUUAGUUUUCAAUACUAAGCUUCCUGCUCUCUGCUUCAUCUUUUACUGCCUAUUCUGGUACACUUUGCACUCACUCUCUCUCUCUCUCCAAAAACGCCAAGUACUACACAUAUACUAAGUUUUGUAAAUUGUCCCAUCUAAAGACAAUUUUAAUAUAUGUUUGAUCAAAACAAUUAUCACAAUCACCGUUUAAUAUUCCAACAAAAGGCAAAGAAAAAGAGUUUCAAACUAAAUAGGAAAGUCAUCACAAGUUGUAUUCUAACAGAAAGCACCUCAUCUCAGAAGCAUUCAAUGACAUUUUUGCAAAUAGUAAAAAUUACAGAAAUAAACAUCAGUUGUAAAUUUAGAUAUCUAAUGCAGAAGUCUGAACUCCCUGCCAAGAUACUUCCAUUACAUAAAGAUACAUUGGAGCUAUUGCUCAAAUAAAAGCAACACUAAGCUAAUGCAUCAGAGAGCAUUAACAUGUUCAAUGUGGCUCAGUGGUAAAAUUCUCAAUUUAAAACUUAAAAAAUUCCAAUCAGUUUUCUAAUGUUUUUCAUAAUCAGGUAAUGUUUCAUUAACUCAAAGGCACCUGAAUAAGGUCUCAGUUGCACAUGUGUAUCUUGUCUUGUUCGGUAAAAAGGGCUAAAUCACAUUUACAUUUCCAGGAAUGAAAUUGUUAUAAAAAUAAAUUAUUGCAUCAUUUAUCUACACACCAAAUGAAUGCACAAUGUUAGCAAUAACUCAAUUAGACAUAACUUAACAGCAGAUAUUUUUAAUGGCUAAAUUAUAUAGUAUCUAAAACAAUUAGAUGGGUACUUAAUUCCUACACAUCUAAUUUGUCUGAAAAUGUUUUAAAGGUAAGGAAUAUCUUCAGUGUCAAGUUGUUGGACAAGAGCAUAAUUUAAUAAAGACACAGAAGCUGGUCAGAAAUAAAGAGGCAGUUUAAAGUACAGAA